AUGUCUGACAGUGUUAUCGCCAAUUACAAGCUUGCCAAAGCUCCUAUAUAUUCGCACUGCUUUUCGCAAGAUAGGUCGGUGUUGGCCAUUACGCUACACACUGACUGUUUGGUCUUCAAAAUGGUGCCCAAUGGCAAGCCACAGCUUGUUGCGAGUCUGUCGGAUCACGAUAAAACCGUCACUGCCGUGGACAUGUCCGUCCAUGGGCGAAUUGUCACUUGCUCGCAGGACAGAAAUGCCAUUGUGUGGGAGCCAUUAAGCGACGGCACCUACAAGCCCACGCUGGUGCUAUUGCGUAUCAAUAGGGCUGCUACUUGUGUGAAAUGGGCACCCAGUGGCUACAAAUUUGCAGUUGGCUCAUCCGCACGAAUCAUCGCAAUCUGCUAUUACGAACAGGAAAACGACUGGUGGGUUUCCAAACACAUCAAGAAGCCUAUCAAAUCCACUGUGAAUUGCUUGUCAUGGCACGACAAUGGUAUCAUUCUAGCUUGUGGUGGAACUGAUGGUUACGUUCGCGCCUUUUCUGGCUUCGUCAAGGGUCUGGAUUCGAAAGAGCAAGUUUCCAGCUCUCCUUGGGCAGACAAGUUUCCAUUUGGGGCUUUGAUCCGUGAAUGGUACAACGGAUCGUGGAUUCAUGACGUUCAAUGGAGAAGCUCGCAAGAAAAACUGGCGUUUGUCACCCACAGUGGGUCUUUCUCGGUAGUCGAUCCCUCGGACCAAAUCUGGGCUGCUGAUUAUCCGGAAGGCCUGCCUCUAACAUCGGUGGUUUGGGUGAACGACCACGAGGCUGUGUGCGGUGGGUACUCUUGUCACCCAGUUUUGUUCACAGAGGGUGCCAACGGAUGGCAAUUUUCUAAAAACAUCGACAAAAGCGUGGCUGCUCGUACUCCCGUUGCUGCUAGCUUGGACGAAGAAGAUCAGGACGAAGGUGCGUCAUUUGGUAUAUCUGCAUUGAAGAAAUUCAAAGAUUUAGAUCUCAAGGGCAAAGUUUCGACUCGGGUGCAGGAAUGCACGCACGAGAAUGCCAUUGAAGAGCUAGCGCCCUACUCAGGAACAGGUGACCAAGUUACAGAAAUUUCAUCUUGCGGUCUUGAUGGGAAAGUCGUCAUUUAUAGAGUCUGA